ACAGCUUUUGCCAUGGGAGUGAUGCAUUUACCUUUACUGACUACAUUAGUAUUUAACUCCUGUUUCAGUCUUAGCUACCCACACAUCUGUGCUCUGACUGAUUUCAGCCAUGAAAAUAGGAAUUCUGUUCAUCUCUUUUUUCAUUCAAAUAACAGCAGCUCCAAGGCCGUAUUUCCUGCUAAUUUUUCCUAAAGUAAUACCAGCAGAUGGUGCCACAAAAACCUGUAUUCACCUCAGCUACUUGAAUGAAUCACUUAGCCUUACUCUCACCUUGCAAACUAAAAAGAACACCAUCAAACUGCUUCAAGAGUUUGUUGUAGACACUGACUGGCACAGAUGCAUCAGUCUCCAGGAUACCAUUCAGAACAUAGAUAUAGCUGAAGAAGCCAAUCUGAAUCUGACUGGGGGAAGUGACAGCUACAGAUUUGAAAAGAUAAAGAAAAUUUACCUGGAAAAGAAAAAGAAAAAUGGCACAUUUAUUCAAACCGACAAACCAGUUUACAAGCCAGGGCAGACAGUAAAGUUCCGAACUGUGACUUUGAAUGAACAUUUUAUCCCUGAUCUUUCUCAGAUUCCACUCGUUAUUAUCCAGGACCCCCAAAAGAAUAGAAUUUCUCAAUGGUUGAAUGUAACAACCCAGCACGGAAUUGGUGAUUUCUCCUUUCCUUUAGCCAAUGAACCAUUGCAGGGUGAAUAUACCAUCCAAAUCCAUAAAGCAGGAUCUUUAACUUAUCAUUCAUUUACAGUAGAGGAAUAUGUAUUACCCAAGCAUGAAGUUCAGCUCAAACUUCCUCGUGCUAUCAGUGUCAUGGACAAAGAAUUUACAGUGACCAUGUGUGCCAGAUAUACGUAUGGGAAACCUGUUCUGGGAACUGCUGUUUUCAGAAUAUGUCGAAAAAGUCAAUAUUUUUGGCAGAAGGUAAACAGUCAUGAAAUGACAAAUGACUACUGCAAGGAAUUUAAUGGCACUACUGACAUAAGUGGAUGCGUUUCAAAAGUGAUAUACACUAAUUAUUUUCAUCUGAGGACUCCGGUUUUUACAAUGGAGUUUAUUGUUGAAGCCAAACUGAUUGAAAAAGAUACUGAUCAGGAACUGACAGCCUCGGGAAAGAUCUCAAUUUCAACCCAAAUAUCAAAAGUGACUUUUGAGGACGUCCAAGAUAAUUAUAAAACAGGAAUCCCCUUCACAGGAAAGGUAUGUGUAGAAGGUGCAGAUGGCUCUCCAUUGUCAGGUGUAAAUGUCAUCAUCCAGUCCAGGCAGGAUCUAAGUGAAAUACUUUCAACAAAUGAAAGAGGACAAGCCUAUUUUUCACUCAAUACAUCAGCAUGGAAUAAUCAAGUUAUAAGUCUCUCAGCAUACCAAGAAGGGGUUCCUAGAAACAGACAAACACUUUUUGGCAAGAUUGAACCUUACUCAGAGGCAGCUAGCCUCACAGUUUCUCCUCAGUUUUCAAAAAGCAAGAGCUUUCUGCGCAUUCAGUCAUCAAUGACUUCUAUAGUACAGUGUGAUAAGGAUUUUGAGAUUCACGUGGACUACAUAUUCAAUAGGAAGGCCCUAGAAGGCAGUCCAGGAAACAUGGUCUUCUUGUACCUGGUCAUGGAAGGAAGACGAAUUGUUCUAGAUGGGCAGAAACAGAGCAAUAUAGGACCAAGUGGCAGCCUAAAAGGAACACUUUCCAUUACAGUAUCCCUAGGGGCCGAUGCUGCCCCAAAAGCUAAAGUUCUGGUGUAUGUUAUACUACCCAAUGGUGAACUUAUUGCGGACAACAGAGAAUUCACAGUUUCCAAAUGCUUUCGGAACAAGGUAAAGCUCCAGUUCAUGGAACCUGAAGUAUCACCAGCAACUGAAACCUCUCUGCACCUUAAUGCAGCAGCAGGCUCUCUCUGUGCUUUGAGAGUUGUAGAUAAAAGUGUCCUGCUUCUGAAGCCAGAGCAAGAACUUUCCAUUGAUAAGGUAUAUAGUACUGCUAAACAAGAAGUAGCUGAUGUUUAUGCUUUGCAAAAAGAACCUCCUAUAUGUAGACCACCUAAUCCGCAAGCAGUCGCCAACCGUACCUACACUCAGAUACCUCCCUCUGUAAGCAAUGAGAUGGAUGUAUAUAGAAUUAUCUGGGAUAUGGGGCUAGAUGUUUCAACAGAUACGAGCAUGAGAAAGCCCAUUUUCUGCAGCCUGAAAUUUACAGAUACAGUAUCAGAGAUGUACGAUAUUCCAUACAUGUGGAACUCUCAUGCUUUCCCAGAAGCUGCAGCUGUCCGUGUUAUGAAACAGCAAGCCAAUGCAGAUAGGCUGAUAGGACUGCGCCACCAGACAGGUUAGUAAUUAUUCUGCAUGCAUUGUUAUAUAAAAUAAGUGAG